AAAAAAAGAAAUUUCGAAGACAAUGAAGUAACAUCUGAUAAAUGAUACCUAUAAAAAGAGUUCAUUUUGUAAAUGAAAAUCUUCAGUGAACAGUCGAAUGCAUUUUGUCACGAUGAGAUUAUUAACAGUGCUAAUUGCAUUUCUUUCAGCAAGGAUUUUUUCGCAUGGCUGUGAAAAUUUUCAAACAGUUAAAGGCGACAGUGGAUACUGUAUUUGUGACUCAAAUUACUGUGAUAAAGUUCCAAAUGCAAUGAAAACACAGGAUCUGUUGGAUUAUACAAUUAUUUCAUCGAGUAAAAAUGGUCUUCGAUUUCAGGUUAACAAUGGAAAAUUUGGAAAUGAAAUUCAAGGUUCUACCUAUAUAAAAAUUACCAUUGACCAAACAAAAACAUAUCAGAAUAUUCUUGGUUUCGGUGGUUCAUUGACGGACUCUGUUGGUGUAAAUCUAAAAUCCUUAUCGGAUGACAUGCAAAAAAAACUCUUAGGUUCCUACUUUGGUCCUGAAAGUAUUGAGUACAAUUUAGUCCGAGUACCAAUGGGGGUUUCUGAUUUUUCUGCAAGACCCUACAGCUAUGCAAUGACAGAAAAUGAUUUUGACUUGGAAGACUUUAAAUUGGUUGAAGAAGAUUAUGAAUAUAAGAUACCGAUCCUGAAAAAUAUUAAUUCAAUGUCUGAGAGAAAAGUAAACUUAAUUGCUUCUCCGUGGAGUCCGAGUCCAUGGAUGAAAACUGUACCCGAGUGGAAUGGAAAUGGACUUCUUCGACGCGAAUAUUGGCAAACAUGGGCUAAUUAUUUCGUAAAAUUUUUUCAAGAGUACAAAAAGGAGGAAUUAUAUUUUUGGGGUACAACUGUUCAAAAUGAACCGGUAAUAGCACAUCUUAUGUCAGUUGGUAUGCCAACAAUGACAUGGUACGCAGACGACCAACGUGAAUGGCUAACAAAAUUUCUGGGUCCAAUAAUGAAGAAAGCAGAUCUAGAUGACAUUAAAAUUAUAGUAGGCGAUGGUCAAAGGGCCCUACUAACAGAUUAUGUUCCAAAAAUUCUCAACACCAACGAAGCAAAAAGUGUUGUUUCCGGCAUAGGUGCUCAUUGGUAUUUUGAUUGGUUAACGCCAUUAAAUACACUGGAUAAAAUGAAGAAUACAUAUCCAGGACAAUUUCUCAUUUAUACCGAAGCAUCAGAGGGGGUACUUGAACCUCCAAAAGUAAAACUCGGCUCAUGGAAACGAGCGGAAAAUUAUGCGAGGAAUAUUAUUGACAACUUAUCGCAUUGGGUAAUUGGUUGGAUAGAUUGGAAUAUGGCUUUAAAUAUGCAAGGUGGUCCCAAUUGGGUUAGUAAUUUUGUCGAUUCGGCGAUACUUGUAAAUGCAUCGGCGAAUGCAUUUUACAAGCAACCAAUGUACUAUGCCAUGGGACACUUUUCCAAAUUCGUACCAGAAGGAAGUCAAAGAAUAAGCACCAUUAAAAAUGGCAUUCAUGACAUUAAGCACAUUGCAUUUUUGACACCCGAAAAAGCUACCGUUUUGGUACUAAUGAAUCCAUACAGUAUAAGAAAAAAUGUUUUUCUGGAAGAUGCAUCAAAAGGAACCGUGACACUAACUCUACCCGAAAAUUCAAUACACACUGUUGUGUAUUGGAAUUGAAAUUAUUAAUUUAAUAAUUAUUAAUUUAAUAAUUACUAAAUUAAUAAUAAUUGAUUAACAUAGAUUUUAUGGAUUAUAUGUAUGAAUCCAUUUAUAAGGAAUUUUCAACAAAAUUUCAUAUUAAAAUAUAUUGGAGGAUAAACAUCAAAGUUUUGAUGAAAUUAUAAAUGCUGUAUGGAACAAGAUAGGUUCUCUAAAGCUCCACAACGAACAAGUUAACACGUCUUCAAUUCCUCACGAGGACAAGAAAAAAUAUCGUAUCAGUAAAAAGAAGACUAACUGUAUAUAGACAAAAGAAAAUGAAACUCAAGUUUGCAACAUUUUUAAAAGAGGAAAAAUGAUAAAAAAUAACUUUUGUUAAGAUAAACAUCAAAAUUUUAGAUGAUGAUGAUGAUUUUAGAUUUUUUUUUUUUUUUUUAAAUUUUAGAUUUUGAUGUUAAAUUUUUAAGAAAUUAACUUUUUCAAAUUUAAACUAUUUCGAAAAAAUUUAUCCACUUGUAUUUAAUCAAAAUUUUUAUUUAACUAAUCUAAAAAUUACUCAUUCACUCGCCCUAGGUAAAUUAUUAUAUCAUUACCAAAAAUUCAUAAAAAGGAAUAACAUCUAAUAAUAGUUUUAAUAUAGAUUUAAAAAUUUAUAAUCUGAUUUGUAAAUAAAAUACUUUUAUUAUUAAUUAAUUUAAUUAUUCGGUUGUUAAUAAAUGACAAAAUGUUGACCAAAAUUCAAGAAGGAAAGACAAAAAGAAUUGUCCAAGGUAAAUUAUUACCAUUACAGGCUUCGUACUCGAUAAUUAAUUUUCAAAAAGU